AUGCGGGGAUGGACCCGUGGCGGUGAAAAUAAGUUUGUGGGGACCUCACUGUGGCAGACGGUGAGGCGGUUGGUGGUGAUAGGAGAGCUUGAGGAAGCUCGGAAGCUGCUGACAAAGUUGAAGGUCUUGCCGGAGUAUGAGCGGCGGUGGUGGAAAGUGGCGGUCGAUGCUUUGGUCGAGGCUGGACGCUUCUCGGAGUUGGCUCAGAUGGCGGGGAGCUCCGCCUCGGGAGGGCCUCCGAUAGGGUUCGAACCCAUCGUGGCGCUUCUUUUGGAAAACCAACAGUUUGAUCUCGCCAAGGGUUUGAUAGGGAGGUGUAAAGACAUGGAACAAGUCGCCAGCUUUUACGAGACGCUCGGCAUGCGGGAGGAGGCGAUGAAGGCUCAGCAGUUGGCAGAGCAGCAGCGUCGAUCCAUCGGUGGGAGUGGAUCCAUUCUAACUGGGUGGUCCUCUACCAUCGCCGGUGCAGUGAUGAGAGGAGGCUUCACUCGAUCCUGA